AUGUCCACGUCAGCAAGCGUGACGGAGAGAAGAGGGAUUCCGGCAGCGGCGUUUGUUGAAGAUGUGCAGACCUACCUUUCUCAGUUGAAUCUUGAUGUAAACUCAGCCCUCGCUUUUUUACAAGAAAGGCUUCAGCAAUACAGAGUUGUGGAGAUGAAACUUCUUGCCCAGCAGAGGGAUCUUCAGGCGAAAAUUCCUGAUAUUGAGAAGUGCUUAGACGUCGUUGCAACUUUGCAAGCAAAGAAGGGAACUGGUGAGGCAAUUAUUGCUGAUUUUGAAGUGUCGGAGGGCAUAUACUCCCGGGCUCGUGUUGAAGAUGCAGAGUCUGUUUGUCUGUGGCUUGGGGCAAAUGUCAUGCUGGAAUACUCAUGUGAAGAGGCAACUACCCUUCUUCAAAAGAAUCUGGAGAAUGCCAAAGCAAGUUUAGAAGUCCUUGUUGCCGAUUUACAAUUCUUAAGGGACCAAGUAACAAUUACUCAGGUUACUAUUGCUCGUGUGUAUAACUGGGACGUACAUCAACGUAAGCUGAGACAAGCUGCUACUAGUUCCCAGUCGUGA